GCGACGUUGUGUUGGACCCACGUGUGAUGGAGAGGUGCUGAAGCUUGGCGCAUGAAUUCGGUAGAAUUGUUAGUCUUCAGAAAUAAGUGAGAAGGUGAGGCGAUGACACAAGUGUGUUAAGGGGUAUAUAUGAUGCACGAACGGUACUAAGUGAACCGCCUUGUAAAGAAAUAGUGGCUUUCUUAACUAACAAGUUCCUUUCAUAACCGUGAGCAAUACUGCACAAGAAAGAAGAAUUUAGCAACACACUUGUGUACCUUUCAGCCACAAACAUGAGUGAGAACGUGCAGCGGCUGCUGAUUCAGUUCAAAGAUGAGAGUGGGGAGCUUCUGGCCUCUCCAUUUGAUGUUCCCAUUGAUGUCACUCCAGACAAGCUACAGUUGGUCUGCAAUGCCCUGCUUCAGAAGGAGGACCCCCUCCCUUUAGUGUUCUACGUCAAUGAGCAGGAGGUAGUAGGUUCCCUGGUACAAACACUGGAUGGGCAGAAAUUAGAGACCGAGAAGGUGCUUGACAUUGUGUACCAGCCUCAAGCCAUAUUUAAGGUGAGGGCUGUGUCCCGUUGUACCAGCUCCCUGGAGGGGCACACUGAGGCUGUCAUUUCAGUGGCAUUCAGCCCUACUGGCAAGUACUUAGCCAGUGGCUCUGGAGACACAACUGUCCGCUUUUGGGAUCUGAGCACAGAAACUCCACAUUUCACAGCCAAAGGACACAAACACUGGGUCCUCUCAAUCACCUGGUCUCCAGAUGGAAAGAAACUGGCCUCAGGCUGCAAAAAUAGUCAGAUUUUUCUAUGGGACCCACACACAGGAAACCAAGUAGGCAGAGUACUAUCAGGACAUACAAAGUGGAUCACAUGGCUCUGUUGGGAGCCACUUCACAUAAACGCUGAAUGUCGCUACUUGGCCAGUGCUUCAAAGGACUGUACAGUGCGGAUUUGGGAUACAGUGUUGGGAAAAUGCGAAAAAAUCCUAACAGGACACACACAGUCAGUAACUUGUGUAAAGUGGGGAGGAGAUGGACUACUUUAUUCCUCUUCUCAGGAUCGGACUAUAAAAGUGUGGAGGGCACAGGAUGGGGUGCUGUGCCGUACACUUCAAGGUCAUGCUCAUUGGGUAAACACCAUGGCACUAAACACUGAUUAUGUGUUGAGAACUGGAGCUUUUGAGCCUGCAGAAGCUACUGCCAACCCACAGGAGAUAAAAGGCUCUUUGGAAGAAGUUAAAGAAAAGGCUUUACAGAGAUAUAACAAAGUCAGGUAUCCUCCUAUAGGCCCAGCAGCCAGCGCCUGCAUGAAGACAACUGAAAAAAUAUUCAGCCCUCAAAGAGUAAAAGUGAUAGAAGUAACCCACUUGUGCCUCCUGGCAAUGUAA